GACAGUUUGUGCCGCCUUCUCAGGCCGCCCAUUCAAGCCAAACGUACUUGUCAAAGCCAAAUCUGAGCGUGUAGAAUCAACUCCACUACUGUCAACAAACGCAUGAAACGAUCAUGCGUUGUUUUUUUAAAACAGGUCUUCCGAGUUUAACACACUGUACACACUCCACUGAAGUGUUCAAUACAUUUUGUUUCGGAAUGUUUUCUGCGGAAAUAUUUUAAUAACUCCUUAGGCUGUGUUGUAUUAACUGUAAGCUUAUGUGUGCUUUCAGUUUGGAUAUUUUUUUUUUUGCACAAGCAAUUUGGCCAACAAAUGUAUUUGAGAAGAAAGUGACUGAAAUAUAAACAUAUGUAUGUCGUCAGCUGUUUUAGCGCUAACAUGUCGCUGGAACUUUUGUGCCCAUGUCUGUGGCUGAAUGGAACUGCAAUCGAUAAAACAAUCGGGCCCCAGCGUAGCUUGGAAUUCACCUGAUCAAUGGGAGGCCACUCGGAUGAACUUGUAGCGUCAUGUUGUUAGGUUCCACAAACAUGGCCGACGGUGUGCUGGGCCUGGACAAACCCAAAGACAGUCGAGGCUCGAGUUUCUUCCUGCCCACCAACGUUCAGGAACUGCUCUGGGAAGAAAAAAACAGAUCUUUACGGGAUCUCAUUUCUUCCUACCGUCUACCGUUAGCUGUGAAAUUAAAAAAUGGCGAUAUUUCGAAAUAUUGUUUUAAAAACGUCACGCAUGAUGACCCAUCGUCGUCUUUCAAUUCUGCAAACCACAAUACAUUAUCUUCUAGCUGGGAUUCGAACCCGGACCCAAUGGGCAAGGAUAGCCCUUUGGGUCAGGUACCUUCAGCUGACGUAGUUUUACAGAUUCACGAAAUAAGGCGUAGGAAAAUAAUUUUAGCGCGCAAGAUGACGUGGGAGAAACGCCAAAACGAUUACGUUGUGACGGGCGAGCAAGUGGAAAUACCCGCAUCUUUCAAAGGCUGGCUGGAAGUGGUGCCGGACGACGGCCGUCCGGUGGAGUACUUCGACACCAUCGGCGGCAUCACCAGCAUCCGCUCCAAGAAGUUUCUAGUCCGGACAUCCGCCGCUGGGUACCAGCUGAAGCCAGACGACAACGGCGCCACCUGCUGGGUUCCCAUCGAGAUCAAGCCCGGGGAGGUGCUGACCACCGGCCUCGUCCACUCCGACAGCAAGAAAAACAAGAUGGUGCCGCAGAAGAACAUCUUCAAGCGGCUGCUGAAGCAGAGCAAGGUAAAGAAAGAACAGGAUCUCAAGUACCUGCAGUGCUUCGACCCCGACCACAGGGAGAUCAUGAUCCCGUUAAUCAUGUCGGGGGUGUUCAGCCCUGUCGGUGACGCCACCACGGCCAACUACGACGCUGUGUACGAGCUCCAGGACCUCAUCAUGGCGUUUGGCCUGCCCGUCAACUGCCAGCUCAUCCACACCAACCACAGGGAAACCUUCCAGUACCCGCGGGGCGUGCUCCGGCUCUACGGCACGCGGGAGGAGGAACUGGUGGUGGCGAGCCUGAUCGGACCGGACGGCGCCAUUAGCGCGGACAGUUCCAGCUGCGACACGUUUGAACUGCCCGUCAGCAAAGACAUUCUCUUCUCCAGGGGUGUGGUCAAAAAGAAACCGUCAAUCAAAGCCAGCUUGGUGGACACAAGCUCCGCCCCGGAUAAACUUUCCAUCGUGAAUGACCGCAAAGACACAAAAGUUCCGAGGGACGUCCUUUACUUCAGGGCCCAGUCUGUAGACACCACUGAUCUCAGACCUCACUCCGAUACCUAUGUAUCAACCUUCGCGCCUAUUAGAACUAAUUUAACCACCGCCCCGAAGCCAGCAUUUUUAAUUGGUGGUGUCACCGACGCAUCCGCGGGCGCCGAAGAACACCAAGACAUUAACCGCAAUAAAAUAGUCCCUAGUGCAGACACUUCUCUGAGCGAUGCCCCGUCAACGUCUAAUGUCUUCAGUGAAGACACAUCUGCUGCCGUGGCAUCGAAGAGUACGCCCGACACUACCAUAGACUCAGUUCAGGUUCCCAGCACAGACGUCGAGUUACCAAAGAGACUUCCGAGAGAGCUGAAGAAGUCAAAAUCCACAGGACUUCUGGACAAACUCAGCGUCCGGAAAGUCAAAAAGGAAAGAGCUAAAUUAAAGGAGCUCCGUGGCGAGGACGUGUUCUCGAAAAGGAUCGCCAGGAGCGAGAUCAGCUACCACGAGUUUUUCACGGGGCUGGACGACGAUGACGUCACGCCGAAAAGCAGUGACGCCGUCAAGGCCAAACAGGACGACUCCGGGCUCGGCAGUAGCGGAACCUACAGGAGCAGCUCUUCUCUUGGAAGCGGCAACGUCUACGGCAGCAGCUUCCCUAACCCGACGUACGGCGAUGCCGGCGACGCGGCAAUCGCGAGCCGGAAAUCCAGCAUGAAAAAUCGCGAUCUGCCUCCGAUUCCGCCCGAUUCGCCGCAAGCCAGUUUACCGUCUUCCCCCGUAGAUCACGGCGAGUUCAUCAUUCCUGUCCACACGCUGGACGAGUCCAAAGAGUCGCUGUACGAGCACCUCCCACCCGCGCCCCGCCCCCCGUCUCGCAGCGCUAAAGACGAACCAGCACCCAGUCAAGCUGUGGUGGACGACGAUGAGGACGGGUACAUGGUGCCGCUACGGAUACAAGAACCCCGCUACGCUAAAAAGUCAGAGUACCAGCUCCGGAACAGACCCGCAACGCCGCACGACUCUUACAAAUCGGAAAGGUCUCGGAAAGCUAAGAGCGAACACCUGGACUUCAGCCAGCCCCGGAACAGGGACGGCCUGCCCGUGGACAUCGACGAGCUCUUCAGCUUUGCCUACAGCGACAACGUCUCCCAGGGCGACGGUCUCACACGGCAGCCCGCCACAAGCACGUCUCAGAUUUACAGCCAGCCCAAAAUGGCGCAGUGGCGACAGGGAACAGAUUUCCGCGACAGGAACACGAAAUCUGAAAGCACGGGGAACCGUUAUAAAUCAUCCCACCGCUCAGGUCAUAACCAAAAGGUCCAGGUUAACCCUAACGCAACCUUACGUGUGCACAACAUCAAGAUGCGGCCGGGGGUGAUGGGUGCUUUCUCAAACUCGCAGAACGGUUCCAGGCGCGAGGACUCUUUUCAAGAUCUCCGUAGCGUACAUUCCUACGCUGAACAAUCCCAACAUUUUUCUUACGACAGCCGUCCAGUGUUGUACAACAGUCGAUCCGUCGACCCUAGCAUGAUAGACUCCCAGCAGCCAACCAACAUCUACACCUACGGAUAUGGCGGCAUGCACUAUGCCGAAAGCGAGCCUUGCUUUCAAGAUCGAGGCAGCUCCGUCGGGGGAUUUAACGAAGGAUUAUUAAAACAUGGCGACGACUCGGCUAUUUCCGUGUGUUCUCGGGGAGAUCCGGGCUUCCCCAAUGACAGCGAGUACAGCUACAGCGAGUACGUGCCACGUCAGGAGGACGACGGCUGGACGCCACCUGCGGACAUCCAGGGAAUGAGUGUGCAGGAGGUGUCCAGAUCAUUGCGCUACAUCGGCAUGAAAGACAGGGUCGUCAUAAGAUUCUCUAACGAACAAAUAGAUGGGAGCUUGUUGAGCUCAUUAGAUAAAAAACUAUUAAAAGAAGGGUUUCCGGAGCUAAAUGGAUUAGAAAUUAAAAAGAUCUUGGACUUCAUUGGUGGAUGGAGGCCCAAGAAAAACUAAUUAUGUAAUUAUAAGUGUUCUAUUAUCGUCAAGUUAAUGUAAAAUCUAAAAUACGUUUUCAUUGUCAGUGUAAAUAUAUUAUACAGCCUUCCUAAAGCUUCAGAGGUGUGUUCUUUCGGCUGCGGUUCUACCACUAUAGGAUACAUUUGUAAAGCCAAUUCUGUCUCAACAGCUGAACUAGCAUCUUCCAGCUCUGGUAAACUUUUCCCAACAGAUCCACACAACUAUAUACUUUACUGUGAUACUGCUCCCUAUAUAUUUUUGUUAUGUUGUUCAAAUAUUUUGCCAAAUAAAC